AUGCUGGUGAUGCCCCGGCAGCGUCUCCACUGGGGCGCUCGCACGUGGCUGACAACUACCACCCACGAAGAUUCCGUGCAACUGGGGGCAACCUUGCAGUCUCUUAUGUGCACCGAGAAGUUCGCUCGCCUUCUAGCUCACCACACAACGGGCUCCGAUGUGCUGUGCCUUACCGGGGAAAUGGGGACGGGCAAGACGGCCUUUACUCGGUGCUUCGUUCGAAGCUUCUUCGAUGACCCGACCAUGCAGGUUACGUCGCCCACCUAUCUGCUCGAUCUGCACUACGCGGCACCCUCCCGACCCGACAUCACGUGA